AGGUUACAUCACCAAACGAUUUAUUCAAUCUGUGCCUGGGUAACAAGUUAUUUCAUUCGGAGAUUUCUAUGACAAAGCACCCGAGAGAAGACGGUGCCCCGUGGCUCCACAUCACGUACCUAAAAGGGUGACAUAUAUUAGCAUGCAAUCUUAUGGACGCGGGAGCAGAUCCCCUUGAGUUGGCUCCAAACCAGGCAAAUGCACUUGAGUGUGCCAUUAUGGUGGGGGAGACCUCUAUAGCUAGAUAUGCUGGGGCGUGGAAUGAAUGCGGCGAUCAAUCCAUCUGCUCUGCAGGAAUCACUCCUUUGAGCUGUGCGUGCCCGGAGCAUGGACGCUCUUAAAUUACUCGUUGAAUAUGGCGUAGAUAUCAAUGCACACGAUGGGUCGGGAUGGCCUCCAAUGCAGCUGCUGAUAUCAAAAGGAGUCAAUAUCGAAGAUAUAAAAUGGAUGCUUGAGCAUGGAGCCGAUCCCAAUGCUGAACUCCUUGCUGAGUGUGGAGCAGAUUUGCGCGCUAAACACCAAAUGGGAUGGACAGCCCUGCAUUUUGCCUCUUCAGCUGGAGAGAAUGAUAUUGUGAACAGGCUAGCCCUCGGAUUGAAUAUUAAUGAGAGAUGUCUCUGUGGAGGAACUCCACUUUGGGUUGCAACCCGCAAGGGCCAUGUAUCUACGGUCCAUCCCUUGCUCUCGCGUGGAGCCGACGCUGAUAUCUCUGGUGGUGGAGAACGAGGCGUGGAUACUUGGACUCCACUAUUCGUGGCCAGCCGUAAUGGUAAUGAAGCGAUUGUUGAGAUCCCACUCGAACAUGGCGUCGACGUCGAUGCGGUGACACAUGAUGAAUACACUGCUCUAGCUGAAGCGGUCUUACAGGGUCAUGAGCGAGUUGCCUCGUUCUUGACGGCGUAUGCAACAAGAUAAACAUUCCCGCUAUGUAUCUAAUGGCAGUGGGGCAGGCCCCUAAUUAUGCUUUCUUCGAUUGAACUUAUCCGAUCUGUAUAUUGUUGUUAGGAACAUAAUUGUAAGCGCUCACGCGCCCGAUGUAAUCUGAUGAAAAGGGAGAGCUAUUGUUUUUGGACCAUGCGCGUGGAAUCAUGUUGAUAAGCCACCCUAGUUGAUAUCGUGUAUAACGUAUAAUUCACACAGA